AUGGUCUACGGUUUGUUUGAGCGUGGCAUUAUUACGAUCAAUAGCAAGUUGGUUAAGUUCUGGACUGUUAGUAUGUUGACGAUUUUAGAUUUGUUCCAAUUUGCUUGGUUCCUUUAUGGGAGUGUUGUCGUGUUUGUAAAUGAUGACGGAUGCUCAGAUUUGUAUAAUACCAUGGCCAAACUCUCACCCAGACGCUAUGGCGACUUAGUACAAGAAGGCGCACUUGACAUAACACCCACUGGCAAUAACCUACUCGCCAACAAUUUAUUACCCGAUGUCAUGGGCGGUGCCAUGACACACCUACUCAACCGACUUAACUCCACUACAGCCGCACAACCUACAGCUACCGGUGCCUGUGCCAUCUGCGUCGCUGACUUCGAACCAGAUGACCAAGUCUUACAACUACCAUGCGACCCACGUAAACAUGUCUUCCACUCAUCCUGUGUACAAGAAUGGUUACAACGAAGCCAACAAUGCCCAAUGUGCAGAGUCAACAUCGUACAAGCCGUAGACCAACAUAGCCAACAAGUAUAG